CCAAGAACGUGCCCACAGACAGGAUGAGCAGGACCGGGGCAGGACCACGAGCAGGACCACGCUGCGCAACAACGUCACUUCCGCAAAUUGGGAGGAGGCUCGAGAGGAGCGAAGACGCUUCCGUGCUAUUAAGCGGGUUAUUUACUUCGGAAUUCGGGUGGACCCAGUAAAGUAAUAACAACAACAACAAUUUCGUGUACUUCAGAGAUUCGCACGAGACAUCGAGCCGUUCUGCCAACAUAAACAGAAGUUUAACUAUUACGUUGUUUUUGAUUCUUGAGUAAAAAACGAAGAGAUUAAGUUGAGUGUGAUCUUUCAGGGCUGUGAGUGUUGCAUAAACCACAAGUGAAAACAAGCAGGACCAUAUGAAACUUCCGCCAGAAAAUGGCUACGCCGGCUGUAGUUUCCACGGAUGGAGCGAGCUCCAGUGUUCCUGGAAAUCGAAAGAUGGCUUCUUCAGAGGGUCUGAGCAUGUCCAGCUCAUCCCAGACGAACAAAAAGACCUUGGGCCACCGAGGAAUUGACCCUACUGGGGAGACGACGUAUAAAAAGACCACAUCAUCUGCCUUGAAAGGUGCCAUUCAGCUGGGCAUCACACACAGCGUAGGAAGCUUGAGCCAGAAGCCAGAAAGAGAUGUGCUCAUGCAGGACUUCGAAGUGGUAGAAAGCAUCUUCUUUCCCAGUCAAGGCAGUAGCUCAACUCCAGGUCAUCACCAUGGUGACUUCAAGUUUAAAACUUAUGCUCCCAUUGCAUUCCGCUACUUCAGAGAGAUGUUUGGGAUCCGACCUGACGACUACCUGUAUUCUCUUUGUAAUGAACCUCUUAUCGAGUUGUCUAACCCUGGAGCAAGCGGGUCUCUCUUCUACGUUUCUAGCGAUGAUGAGUUCAUCAUUAAGACGGUCCAACACAAAGAGGCAGAAUUCUUGCAAACACUCCUUCCAGGUUACUUCAUGAACCUGAACCAGAACAUGCGUACGCUGCUUCCCAAGUUCUACGGUCUCUACUGCGUUCAGGCAGAGGGGAAGAACAUCCGAAUCGUAGUGAUGAACAACCUACUGCCAUGCGCUGUACCCAUGCACCUUAAAUUUGACCUGAAGGGCUCCACGCACAAGCGACGUGCUUCGCCGAAAGAAAAAUCCAAGGGUGUGCCCACGUUCAAAGACCUAGACUUUAUGCAGGACAUGCCUGAGGGCAUAAUGCUGGAGAGUGACCACUACAACGCCCUCUGUAGGACCAUUCAGAGAGACUGUCGGGUACUACAGAGCUUUAAGAUCAUGGACUACAGUCUGCUGGUGGGUAUCCACAACUUGGACAGGGCAGGUGAAGAGGUGUCUACUGCAGUGCCCGAUACCCAGAAAAAGGCACCAGGCCAGAAGCCCCUUUACUGCACAGCCAUUGAGUCUAUUCAAGGGGAGACCAAGGGGAAGUCAUCACCACAGCCCUACGAAAGCAUGGGAGGAAUUCCAGCAUUCAAUUCAAAAGGAGAAAGAUUGCUGGUUUUCAUCGGCAUCAUUGAUAUCCUCCAAUCUUAUAGGCUUGUAAAGAAGUUGGAGCACUCUUGGAAAGCUCUGCUGCAUGAUGGGGACACGGUAUCUGUGCACCGGCCGAGUUUCUACGCAGAUCGUUUCCAGAAGUUUAUGUGCAGCACAGUCUUCAAAAAACCUACAUUAAAAACAUCUCCCUCAAAGAAAAGUCGAGGAGCAACCAUGUCUGUUGGAAAGAAGUCAAACAUCGCAGUACAGUCACAACAAUCCCUUCCUGUAGCAGCAGAACAAACACAGCCGCAGCAAACUACAGUCCAGGUGUCCAGCCCAGACAAUCAAGGAGACAGUGGUGCUCGUCCUGACCUGCUCCCACAACAGGUUACUGAAGAUGAGAUCACGAGUAGCUCAGCUGAUACGACCCUGUCAGCAACCUCUCCUGUAAGCUCCCGGCCCUCCACAAACACUCCAGUUUUGAGUCGUAGCAGUAUAGCUGCUCAGUCAUCAGGGGAAAGUUUGGAUAUCGAAGUCAUUUCACUCAGCGAGAUCGUUCCACAGACAAGCACGUCAGAAUGAAAGACUAUCGAUGAACAGGACGAAAUAAAGCCCUCAAAGACAAAGAUUUACUCUCUUUUAAGGAUAUCGGAACAGGAUGAUGGAGUUACUGUAAACAUCCAAGGAAGUGAAAACUGGAGAAUCUGGAUUACAAAAGAGAGAAGUGCACAUGUUCUUAAAACUGUAAAACAUUAGGAUAAAGAUAUCCCCCCCCCCUUUUCUUUACAUAUAUAUAUAUAUAUGCAUUUGUAUAUAUAUAUAUAUAUAUAUAUAUGUAUAUGUGUAUAUAUAUAUAUAUUGGAUGUCAGUACAUCCAAUUUUGCUGCUAAGAAAUGGAACCAAAAGAAAGAUGCCACUGUAUACCUCAACAGUGUGUGAUAUCACUGUUCUCAAACAGUUUCAUUUUUACAAGAACUCCUUGGACCUGAUAAUGUUCUAAGCAGAAGAACAGUGAUGAGAACUUUGCAUCAUGGGACUGGCUCUUGGAUAACAAACUGGUAUUUUGAGAACCUCUGUGAGUGUUUUGUAGUGGACUUCAUUUGACCAUGCGUCUAUUUUUUUCUCUUAGUUUGCCAAGGAGAGCUAUCUGCUGGAGUAGUUAUUCACUUUGCUAAGGGUAGAAAGGAGAUAUGGCUGGUUGUGAGUUUUAAAGACAUUUUAGGAAUAUGUCAUGAUUAUCUACUCCCCAAAAAACAAAAACAUGCUGGAUGAGUCAAUCCAGAUCAGGUUGCCUGAACAAUCAUGUAACAAGACCAUUUUUUAAAAAAAACUUUGAAUCUGUAAAAUGGGUUCGAUUUUUGAUUUUAGAAAUUGGUUCAAAUGCAGUACUGUGGUGUUUUUGAAUUUUUAAAUGUGCCUUAAUCACAAGAGUUAUUUUGCCUUAUAAUUAACAGGAAGCCUUUCACUUAGCAUGAUGCCUGCAAGUGGAUUGUGCCGGAUUGCAUGGGUCACCUCUGCAAAAACACAGUAUAUCUCUCUCAAAUCUUAGUCUGUCAUGUAUGACUGAACUAUUAAAAUAAUUCAUUUAAAAAAAAUAUUUUGAGUUAGUUUGGAGAUUGAUUUACUUAAACGUUACAUUGUUUGCAAAAAAAGAAAAGAAAAAAAAGAAAGCCAAAGCAAACAAGGCAACAGAUCACUUUUGUAACAUUGGCAGAAAUAUUAAACCAUGUAUAAAAGACCUAAUUCAGUAUUUCGGCUCGCAGAACUAAUAUUUUGUGUGUGUGUGCGUGUGUGUUUGCUUUUUUUUUUAGCAGUGAUUUUAAAAUGUCAGUUUUUUAGGGCACAGUAAGACAGACCUGGCAGAACAGCUACUGUAAAACAAUAUAUAGCAUCUGUGCUGUUAUGCUUUAAUGAAAUUUAAGUUAGAUAUACUGUGUACAAACUUAGCUUAAUGUUUUGUUGAGAGAAAUGAAUUCCAACUAAACUAAAUCCUGAACAAACUUUUUUUUUUCAUCAUUUUUGAAUGUGCAUGCUAAUCAGUCAGCCUAAAAGCAGAGACAUUAAUGAUGAAGAUGCAAAUAUUAUGAAAUGAGGAUUCGUAGGCGAGUAAGGGAACAUUGCUGGAACUUUUUCUGUGACAAUUUUUAUGAACAAAAAACAUUCCUGUACAAAGUCAUAUUUAUUUGUAUGUUUGCUUGUAAUUUAUUUCUUUAUCUCAAGUUCCAAAGUGUCUAUUGCAGGUUUUUAUGUGACAUGGUAUGCAAGUUCUGACACCUGGUGGCUGUGUAAAUUUGUUUGGGCUGGUGAAUGCGUUUUUUUUUACUGUACACUCACGAUCUGGGAUUCUUGUGCAAUUGCCGUUUGCUCUGAAAAUGCUUAUUGCCUUUAACUGAGAAUUGUCUUAAGUAGUAGCUUUAAAAAUAAUUUAAAAUAUCUCUCUCUUAAAAUGACAUUCAUGUUUUACAGCUCUCUGUCAGAGGAUAUUGAGACUUUUGGAGUGGAAAAUAUUGUAACAUUUCAUGCUGUAUGCAAAUUAAUUAAAUAAACAACACUGAAAAAAAUGUCAA